CCGUGUUCGUUGUGUGAACAACUAACAAGUGCAUCGGACGAUUCAUUGUGUAGUUCUAACCUAUUUUUAAUGUUUUGGUGCUACCGUAGUGAUUAUAAGAUUUAAAUAAUUGGACAGAAACAAGUGACGUACAAAAUGAGUUUUCUAUUCGGCAGUCGUUCGAACAAGACGUUCAAGCCGAAGAAGAACAUCCCCGAAGGCACCCACCAAUAUGAUCUGAUGCGGCACGCGGCGGCGACGCUCGGCUCCGGCAACCUGCGCCUCGCCGUCAUGCUGCCGGAGGGCGAAGACCUCAACGAAUGGGUUGCCGUCAACACGGUGGACUUCUUCAACCAGAUCAACAUGCUUUACGGCACAAUCACGGAGUUCUGCACGGAGGAGUCGUGCGCGGUGAUGUCGGCGGGGCCCAAGUACGAGUACCACUGGGCGGACGGGCACACCGUUAAGAAGCCCAUCAAGUGCUCCGCGCCCAAGUACAUCGACUACCUGAUGACGUGGGCGCAGGAUCAGCUCGACGACGAAACACUCUUCCCGUCCAAAAUUGGAGUGCCGUUCCCUAAGAACUUCCUGUCGAUGGCCAAGACGAUCUUGAAGCGGCUGUUCCGCGUGUACGCGCACAUCUACCACCAGCACUUCCCGGAGGUGGUGCAGCUCGGCGAGGAGGCGCACCUCAACACCUCCUUCAAACACUUCAUAUUCUUCGUGCAGGAAUUCAACUUGAUCGAGCGGCGAGAGCUAGCGCCAUUGCAGGAACUCAUUGAGAAGCUGACAGCGAAGGAGGCGCGAUGAACCAGGACCAAUCACCUAUCUCCCCUUACUGCCCCCAUCCCCUACUCCCGUCCUAUCCCAUCCCUCCUCUUGUAAUGCCGUCACCAUGAUUUCUGAUCUAUAGUCAGGCGACGGCACCGCUCGGCCCGCUUCUUCCAAGACUGACACAGCGCGGGACCGAGACAUUUUCUCAAGCUUCAAACCGGCUUCUUGUGAUUACACAAAGAAUAUCAUUAUCUGUAAUACUUUCUAAACAAAACUCCAAUUUUUUAUAAGUUUAAAAAUGUGAAAAUGGACGCUCGCGGACGACUGGAUGAAUCCGACAUUGAUGUAUUCUUAUUUUUUUACUAAAGUAUCAACACAGUAGUGUUAUGUGACGCAUGUGAUAGACGGGUCGCGCCGCCGCGUCGCCGCCACCGCGCCUCGGACCGGGUGUGUGGGCGCUUUGGAAGUGUGCAGUGAUCUCUGUUGCGAUACAAACAUACAGGGAAAGGAGUAGUGUGAUGCAUCGGCGCGAGUCGCGGCGACGGCGGCGGCGGUCCCAGCGGAGAUUGCCUUCUGUACUAUAAUAAUGUUAAUAGAAGCGAUUUAUCUUUUUAAAAUGAUUUAGAUUUGAUACAAAGCUAUUGAGCUAGGGACGUAAUAUCGAUGACAUUAAGAUUAAUAUAAUAAUAUAAAUACAACAUUUUGUACCGAUGGGACAUGUAAUAUUGUAGUAUAAUGAUGUCACUGGUGAGUGUGUCGACACGUGACCUGCCUUCUCUGUGCCCGACCGCACAACAGGAAAACUAAUAAGGUUAUUGUGUACGGUACGUGGUGGCGCCGACGCCCGAGACGGGGCUGAGGGCAGGCCGCGCGGCGACUUCGCCUCACGAGGACACGCUUAGUGCUGAUCGCGGUUAAGUUCUUAUUUAUUUACAAUGAUUUAUUCCUAUAAUAAUUAUUUAUUAGAUGAAAUGUUUAAGUUUAUUUUGUUCAGCGAUGAGCGACGCAAUAAUCUCUGUAGACUUUACGUUAUGUAAUUAAGUUUUUGUAGAUAUUUUGUGCAUUUAACAUGUUUCAUUUUGUAUCGAAUCAUAUCGAUCUACGAGUGUAUUGCGACUGACGUGAUUAUUAUUAAUUUUUUUUUUGUUAAUUUAGCUAAUAUUUUAAUGAAUAAAAUGAACAUGAAAAAGAA